CUUCCGGUGUGAUGACCCCGUUUACUUGUCAAGACGCAGCGCCCGUCCGCCUCCUGCAAAAAUAAGAAACGCAAAACAAAAACCAAAAAAAACGGUUCUUGUUGCGUUGGGAGAUGUGACACGGUCGUUCAACAAAUGUUCCAGAAAAAAAAAAUGGACUCUAGUGCUUCUCAGUCAGCUGUGGUGUUGGACGAGGCAUCCCCAGCGUCUCUAACAGACCUGUGCCUGGCACUGGUAAGCUCCAGGCUUCAGAUUUUUUGCGUGAAGCUGGCCGAUGGCUCUCUGUGUCUCCGGGAACCGGUGGUCUUCCCUCAGGAGUUGGCGGACCAACUCCUCUGCAAGAUGGCCACAGAAGGCCUGCUGAAUGACAGCACGGUGGGGAUUUUCCGCAGCUGCCAGCAGCUUCGGCUCCGGCGUGCCUGCAUCCGCACGGCGCGCAUCUCGUCCGAGGCCUUCCGGCGCGCAGUCUGCCCGCACCGGCUCCUGGAGCUGGAUGCGUCACGGGUCAACGCCGACCUCACCAUCCCCGACAUCCUGCGUGGCCUUUCGGGCAGCAAAGCGCUGCGUGAGGGCCUCCAGCGACUGGUGCUCAAUGGCCUGACCAUGUUGUCGCUGGAGGAGCCCAGCCGGCGCUGUUUCGGCUCCCUGCGGGGCCUGCGUGCCCUCAGCAUCUCCAACGUGGACUUCUACGACGCUGGCCUGGCCGACGCAUGCUCGCUGCCCCGCCUGGAAAGCCUGGACAUCUCCAACACAUCUGUGACCAACCUGACACCUCUGCUGGGGCUCAGGGCUACGCUGCGAUACCUCACCAUGCACCAGCUCAAGCGGCUGGAGAUGAGCACCACCCAGCUGCUGGCCGUGCUCAGCCAGCUGGAGGGCCUGCAGCACCUGGACAUUUCUGACGACAAGCAGUUUACAUCAGAUGUGGCGCAGCAGCUCCUGGCUGCCCCCGGCAUCCUGCCCGAGCUCGUGUCCCUGGACGUGUCUGGCCGCAAGCAGGUGACGGACGCUGCGGUCAGGGCGUUUGUGGAGGAGAGGCCCGGCAUGACGUUCGUUGGCUUGCUGGCCACUGACGCCGGCUUCUCUGACUUCCUGUCCGGAGAGGGAAGCUUGAAGGUAACCGGGGAGGCCAAUGAAACCCAGAUCUGCGAGGCUCUGAGGCGUUAUAGCGAGAGAGAGGGCUUCGUGAGGGAAGCGCUCUUCCACCUCUUCAGCCUCACCCACGUGAUGGAGAAAGCUCGGCCCGACAUCCUCAAACUGGUGGCACUGGGGAUGAAGAACCACCCCUCGACCCUGAAUGUACAGCUGGCAGCCAGCGCCUGCGUCUUUAACCUCACCAAGCAGGACCUGGCGUUUGGAAUGCCCGUGCGUCUCCUGGGCAACGUCACCCAGCUGCUUUUGGAGGCCAUGAAGACCUUCCCCAAUCACCAGCAGCUGCAGAAGAACUGCCUGCUGUCCCUGUGCAGUGACCGCAUCCUGCAGGAGGUUCCGUUCAACAGGUUUGAAGCUGCCAAGCUGGUCAUGCAGUGGUUGUGUAACCAUGAGGAUCAAAACAUGCAGAGGAUGGCAGUAGCCAUUAUAUCCAUCCUGGCUGCUAAGCUGUCUACAGAACAGACGGCCCAGCUGGGAGCAGAGCUGUUUAUUGUGAAGCAACUCCUGCACAUUGUACGACAGAAGACGUCUCAGGGUGCAGUGGAUGCCACACUGAAGUUCACACUCAGUGCCCUGUGGAACCUGACGGACGAGUCGCCCACCACUUGCAGGCACUUCAUAGAGAACCAGGGCCUGGAGCUCUUUAUCAAAGUGCUGGAGUCCUUCCCUUUGGAGGCUUCCAUUCAGCAGAAGGUCCUCGGCUUGCUGAAUAACAUAGCGGAAGUAAGGGAGCUGCAUGUCGAGCUGAUGGUGCAGGGAUUUCUGGACCACAUCGGCACCCUGCUCCACAGCCCCGAGGUGGAGGUGAGCUACUUUGCAGCCGGCAUCUUGGCCCACCUAACCUCCCGCGGGGAGACCGUGUGGACGCUCGACCUACCCCUCCGAACCACACUACUGGAGCAGCUGCACUCAGCCAUCCUGAAGUGGCCCACGCCAGAGUGUGAGAUGGUAGCGUACAGGUCCUUUAACCCCUUCUUCCCCCUGCUGGAGUGCUUCCAGACUCCAGGGGUCCAGCUGUGGGCGGCCUGGGCGAUGCAGCACGUGUGCAGCAAAAAUGCUGCACGAUACUGCAGUAUGCUGUUGGAGGAAGGAGGACUGCAGCAGCUGGAUGCCGUGAGGUCGCAUCCUGAAACCCACAGCGAUGUGAGGCGAUUGGCUGAGAACAUUCUGGACAGCCUCCAUCGCCACCAAGCACGCUACUCAGGCUCCACUGGAGCAACACAAGCACACACACACAGAGAGAGAGAUGUCCCAUGACUUGGAUAUUCCUCUACUGGUCACAGAAUUGCACACAGUGUACUUGCCUGGAAAGUGUGUGCGUGUGUGUUUGUGUGUGUUGAGAAUUCUCCUAUUCCAUCCUCUUAUGUUAAUACACUCUCUUCUACACUUUCCUCUACCUCCAGUGAGAGGCAUUAUGGGGUAACUUACCAAGCAUUUGUUUGCACAAAGUAAAUUAUUUAUUUUUUUGUCUCUUUUCUGUGUAGUGAUGAGGAAUUUUGUAUUAACAUCUCUUGUUACCAGUAAAAAAAAAUAUUAGAGAAGAGGGGCAACAGCUAAAGAGAAUAGUAUAGGAGAGUAUAGUAAGUGUUUGUGCGCGUGUGUGUGUGUGUGUGCAUGCCCGCAUGUGCUCUGAGAGCAUGCUUUAGGUCUUCUGGAUGACUUAUUCUGUAUUCAUAUUUGGAGUCAUUCACAUGUGAUUAUUUGUUUCAGAAUCAAGCUGGUUUGACAGAUAAAAGUCCCUCUGGAUACAAAUGGCAAUAAAUACCUUGGUCAAACAUACAGAUAAGACAAAGUAUAUGAAAAUUGAAUUUGUAUUGUCUCCAGAUAGUCUUUAUUGCUAAAUAUUUGUUUAUACUUCUGUGUGUAGAUGUGUGCAUGUGUGUGUGCUUGAGUGUAUGAUGAUGGGUUGCAGUUUCUUUGUAUUUGUCAGUGCAUUUGACAGCAUAAGAGGUUUGAUGCAAAGCUAUUUUUAAUAUAUACUGUACUCUAUAUGGUAUCUACUGAAACAAUUGUUAAAGAACGCUAUGCUGUAUUGUUAGCAAAGAUUUAAUACUAUUCUGAUUUAAGUUUUGUUGUGAGCAAAAUGGUACCAAUAGCAAAAAGUAACAGCCAGUUUGGAUUUUUAAGGAUUAUUCACCAUGUUUCUCAACAGAUUCAGAGGAUGAGGGUAGAGGCCAUCUGGACUCUAGGCAAAGAGAGAGGUGGAGACUCUUAGAGACUAAGUGUUGAAUCCUGGACAGUACUGGCUAUUAAUUGUACAGAUCUUCUUGAGGUACUGCGUAACUUUUCAACCUGGUUAUCCAGUCCUCCUGUUUCUCACCUGGGAGACCCUACAUGGACACGUUUAACAUCCUAAAAGAAUUUACCGUGAUGACCAGAGUCCUGUCUGUGGUGACUACAAAACACGCUAGUCUUUGUUCAUUGUUGUGUCUCUUCUGUUGCAAGACACAUGCAGGCAGCUCUAAUCUUGUGCAUUGCCUUUGUGGUAGAACUGUUUGGUGGUGACAUUGUUCAUGUCCUUAGAUCAAGUGAGCUGAAAUAAGAACAACUGUUUACCUUUGAGGAAAUAACACUUCUGCUUUGCCCUAUCUGAUUUUAAUAUCAGAUGUAUGUGCUUUAUUACAUUGCAUGAGGUUUUUUGUUUUGUUUUUCUUUUAUCAUCCUUCAGUAGGUGGCGCAAGGUCUUUAACCAGCAGAGACAAUCUAUAUUUCAAAGAACCCUGGAAAAACAACAGUUUUGAAUUAUUUUAAAAAGGCUGAUCAAGAUUAUAAACUACUAUAUUCCCAAAAUUAAGAUUUAGGGUUCACAAGUUCAUAAUUUGCGGUGUACGGAGACACUGCUCCAGAAAUAGACAUGUCCAAACAGGAAAAGUUAACUCUAGGUGUGGAACUAGAUCAAAUUCCAAAGUGCUUUGGCUGACCUCCAGUCCCUGAAAAUGUACUGUUAGUUUAGCAUUGCUUUGCCUGGAUUGCUUCUCAUACUGUGUUUACAGGUGUGUUAUUCUCAACUAUUCCAUAGUUGUUACCUCAUAUUUAACCAGGCUGGACGUUCAGCUGCUCAUACUUGUGGGAUUGCAGUAGAAGGGAUGGAUAAUGUUUGCACAUAUGUCAUUUCUAUUAGUCAUACAAGUGUUUUAAAGGGACAUUUUGUAUUGGUGUUUCUACUCCUCCUCAAUUUCCGAUUGUCUCUUGAGAUAUGACCACAGAAAAUGCAUUUUUUUUGUAUUUCUGAGAGUUUUGUUUUUUUUUUCGUUUUUUUUUACUAAACUUCAUUUUUGUAGCCAUUGUUUUAGAAAGAAAACAUCCACAACAGACCUGCCCACCAUCAUCAAAUCUCCCAUGCAUCCCCUGGAUAGAAUUGGCUUUGGAUGUUGUGCCAGUUGCUCGCCAAGACUUUCAGAGUUCACUGAAGUUUUGGAAAAAUGCAAACUUUUCAUCCGUGUGUUUUUUGGCUUUUUGCACAAGAACUUUACAAUGUGAGGGGGGGAAAAAGCGCUUACCCUGUUGAUCAUGCCUAAUUAUGAACUUCUACAACAGUCCGCCAACCUCGAAGGCCCAAACCUAGAGCCCACUCAACAUGCGGACAGUCAUCCUACUCACAGUUCCACAUGCUGUAUACAUGGUCCCUCUGAUUCUUUUGCGUGCACUAUAGUAGAUGUUUCUAAAGAGUUGGAGGGUCCCAGGGUGUGAGCCAGUCCAGAUAAAGCUAAAGUGUUAUACUGCUGCUCAGAUUCCUGUUAUAUGCAAUCCAUGUUGCUCCAAUAAAGAGUGUAAAGCCAUUGCGUGGUUCAGCCUGGUUUUAGUGGAGAUCAGCCAAAUGGUUAUCAGGAGCAGUAAACUGCUAAAUUAGCUGGAAGUUUUAAAAGUUAAUGGGGAGUUUCUCCAGACCGAGAACAAUGCUAAGCCUAGAUCGAAGAGAAUUUCCAAUGGUGAUUAAAACUACCACACAAAAGCCAACUCUAACUAGGCUUAAUCCCCAUCUAUAAAAAAAACUCCUAAAAGUGGGAAAAACUAAGAAUCCCUGCACUCAAGUUACUCGUCUGGUAGUGUUGCUACCAGUGUCUGCUAGAGUCAGCACCACCAAAUCUAGGAUCUGUAAACAUGAAUGUAAAUAUAAAUUUGUGAUGAUCAAGAUCAUUUACAUUGGCAUCUUAUCACUGGUGUAAGAUGAUUUAAUAUGAGAAUAUUUGAUAUUGUAAUACAUUUUGUUCAUCUUGGUCAUCUUUUUACCAAGUAUGACAUUAAUAGUUAAGUAAUAAAAUUAAUGUGUGAAUGUG